UCCGCAUUCAUCAACUCAUCGCCAGCAACAUCAUUGUUUAUCUAACAAUCCAACUUUAUUCGUGUCCUAUCCACGGUUCGACUCCCGGGAUGCGGCCUCCAACCAAUGUUCGCCUAUCGGAUCUUCGAUCCAGAUCCAAAAGAGGAGCUGUUACUGCCCUUGAUGUCAUUGACUUGACCUUCAGAUCGCCAUGACACCACCACUAUUACCAUCACACUCCUGCCAGGAUGCGAUUGACCCCGCAACCUGUGGCCUCUGCCACAAUGGCUCUCCCAAUAAACAGGCCUCCUGCGCAUACUCGUGAUGUCAACAUGCCCCGCAAGGCCGAAGCUCCGCAUAGCACUUCAUGACAACAUAGCUGCUCGAGAUAUAACUAUCUUCCAGCAACUCCGGACGACAACAGUCCGACGACAUUAACUCAACCGCAACAGGAUGUCUGCAGGAGGGUUCAUGUCCGACGAAGGCGGCGCAACGUCGCUGCCUAUCUUGCGGGGCGCCGUGGAUACGGUGACUGAAGAGUGUCCCGAGCGCCUGGGAACCAGCUGCGAGGAACUACAAGCGAAGUCACCCACCGUCGAUACAUUCUUCGAUGCUAUUGCCCAGGAGCGGUUGAGGCGCAUGCCUGCCGAUGGCAGUCGCUUGGAUAGUGCUCUUCGCCGCGCAUCGCGCUUGGCGUUUGCUGUUGCUUCACUGCGCGAUUCCGUCGCUAGUUUUAUGGAUGGAGCAGAGGAGGCUGCAAAGAUUAUUUGGGGGACAACGCUGCUUUUACUUGAGAUGGGAAUCGACAACAUAGACAUCGUCGAUAACCUAUUCAGCAACUAUGGUCGGGUUACACUGGGCAUUUCCUUGCUGCUUCAGCAGGAGAACGACUUUCAGACCUCAAGGGCUCUUCAGCGAGAGGUCGGGGAGAUCUUCGCACAUCUCCUGCAGCUGGUCGUUCACGUCGCGGCCGAGUACAGAACCGAUUCGCGCAGUCACAAUUGGCAAUCCAUGACCGACGUUGCGACCCUGGCCUUUUUCUGCUAUUUCAACCGAUUCACGACCCAUUGGCGGAGGAUAUCUAGCAUUGUUCUCGAGUCGACUGUGGUGAAAAAGCAGCACGCCGACCUGGAGUCGAUUUAUCAGUUCCUUGAACUGCAGGACCGCCCUUUACACAUGUUGCUGGAGAGUCAAUCCCACUCGCUUGCCGAUGGAUCCUUCUCGUGGUUUGAGCCGCACCUGACGACCUUCACUGUUGGCCCCCGGAGCUUGAUGCUUGUUCGCGGAAACCCCGGCGCUGGAAAAAGUGCACUGGCUCAGUGGACCAUUGAGCGUUUGCAAGUUUCUUCGGAAUACGAUAUCUGGAACAUCAUUCCAAUCAUUAUCCGGUCCGAUGUGCCAAUCACGAUGAUCAGACUCAGUGUUCUCAAAGGGAUACUGAUUCAAAUGCUCGACUGCUGCGUGACGAGCAGAAAGACGCAAGGCGACAUCAUUGGAGCUGUUACAGAAGCUCUCAAGGCGGCUGAGAAGGGCGGACAGGAUUCCCAAGUCGAGGCUCUCUUAUGGUCCUCUAUCCGCACUGCCGUACAAUCGAAUCUGCAUUUCAUGAUUGUUGUCGAUGGAAUGGACCAUAUCAAGCAGGCCGAGAGUAUUGUCGGCCCUUUUCUAGAGAUGAUCCAGAACGCCAUUUUGGAUACCCCGUCAAAGUUGAUCGUCUUCACCCGCCCGAUGACCACGGAGCAGAUACCCAUCAAGGAGACCACUACUACGCACCAGGUCGCCAUGAACCAAUCUAUUUUGGAGCACGACCUGUCCUGCUCGAUAUCUGACGCGAUCGCUGGUGAUACCACAUUCGCGAGCUUGAACGCGUCUCAGCGCAAGAGUCUGUCAGCUGCCCUCACGUCCCGCUCCCAAGGCUGCUUUGUCUGGGCACAGCUGGCGGUUGAAGUCUUGCGUGGUGAUGCCUCGUACAGCGACAUGACAGCGGCAGUAAAUAAACUCCCCAAUACUCUCGGUGAUCUCAUCGAUAUGCAUAUUCGCAAUAUCAAUUUUCAGCAGGCGGGGGUUGAGAGUCUUCUUGCCUGGUUGACCGCUUCAGAGCGCCCACUCCGCCCUCAAGAAGUCGAGCAAUUACUCGCUGUCGACACAAAGACGCUCAAGGUCACGCCCCGGCAUCUAAACUUGAAUCGGGAAGUUUUUCAGCCACUUCGGCGCUUAGUGGCAGUACAAGAUGGUUUUGUCAUGUUCCGCCAUCCUUUGAUCCGUGAGCACAUUCAGGCAAGAGCUCAAAUGAAGAAGGGCGUUCCGUUCUCGCUGGGUGAUGCCCACUAUGAUAUCCUCAUUCGGUCUCUGGCAUGGGUCCGCCGAAACCUCACGGACGAGGUCGCCAUCAGUUGGGACAAGAUGCCCGUUCAUGCCCGCGAUCGCUACCUCGAUGCGUUCAUCUUGCUCGAAUAUGCCGCCCGUUACUGGCUAUCCCACAUGCUCAACUCGUCCAUGGCCUCCUCAAAGACUGGGCAGCUCAAUCUGACCAAAACAUUCGCCAAGGCACUUCCCGACUCGGCUCUGUUUGCACAGCUGGAGCUCACGAAUAAGGAGUCUCAAUUCAGUCGCUCGUGUACAGUUGACCUGUACCGCCAUGCAGUCGAUGUGCGCCGUGAAGUAUUUGGCGACGACUCCCCUGCCCUCCUACAAAGCCUCAUAACUAGUGCUCGCGCGGCCGAUCUUGCCCAGGCCCCUUGGGCCAACGAUCAUCUCUACGAAGCUUGGACGCGCAGUCGCGCACGCCUGGGGCCAACCGCCCAGAUCACACGCGAUCUCGAGCAGAUGCUUGUUUCAUCAGCUGAAGGGGCCGGUCGACCCGAUCGCACCGCCGGGCUGAAGAAGGAUGCCCUUCGCGACAUGGCUCUAUCAGGUUGGGGUUCCUCUGACAUCAGCUUUGCGCAGAGGCUACUCUACCUAGGCAAGCUUGUCAAAGCUUACCAGGAAGACAAUCGACGUGAUGACGCAUAUGCUGUUUCGAAGCAGUUUUACCGACAGACCGUCCAGGCAUACGGACCAUACUCGGCGGAAACCAUGGCAGCGGCGGAAUAUCUGACGACGCAUUUUCAGAUCGGCCCUCCAGAUGAACUGGCCCUCGAGCUUGCGCGCACCAAAUACGAGACUAUGGUCCGCUCAAUGGACGCGUCGGAUCCUCGGCGCGUCGCUUAUUCACUGUCUCUAGCUCAGAUGUACGAGGAGAAUUCACAGCCCGCUGACGCUGAGGCGGUCUUGUCGAAGCUGUGGCAUAGUCUAUCUUCCCCGGAUAAAGAGAACAGGAGCUCAUGGGACCAGAGGACAAUGGUUGCGUUCUACUAUUGCCAGUUCCUCCGUCGACAAGGUCGUCCCGACGAAGCCACUGCCAUCCUUCGCGACCUCUCGGCUGAUCUCGAAGCUGAUGGCGGUGUGAGAAACGCGGCGAUGGCUUCUCGUGCGCAAGAACUUCGUCGCGAGGCUAGAGAAAUGCACCUCUAUGACAUGGACCGCGCUCUGGCAAUCCAGUUGUGGAAGUACUACAAGUCGACAAACCAGCAGUACAAGGACGAAGCAGUUGACUUGGCCAAGAGCCUGAUUGAAGGAACAUCCGCGACAGAGGGACGGCCCAUCGAGGCCAUGGGUAAUCUAUCGCUCAGCGAAAGCAAAAUGCUCCCAGAGUGGAUCGAUAGUGUGGCGUUUGCGAACAAGAAUGUUAGCCAACUACGAUUGCCUCUUCUCCAUCUAUGCCAUCAACUCGCUCGCCAGCACAUCCGGGACGAGCAGUGGCGCCGUGGUAGCGAUUGUGCAUGUGCGGUGUUGAAGCAUACUUGGCCAACUCUCGAGGAUCCCACGUCCAAAGCCAAGUUCUCAGAUGAAGAAGCUCCUAUCAUGGCCAACCUAGCCCUGGAUCACGGUUACUGCCUGUUCCGGCGACUCGAUGUCCCAACAGCAACGGUCGUCUAUGGCAAUGCGUUCAAGGCGGCGAUCACUGCGGACCAGGUUGCUGUUCCUUCGGUGACCGCGGUCGUCAAGACGGUCGUGGAGUUCUACGAGACCACAUUCCAAUUCGACGCUGCGUUGGCCCUCCUCCGGCAGGUCAGCGAGUUCUUUGCCUCGCGACUGGGAGAAAAUGACAAGCACACGCUCGACAGCCGCUACCACGAGGGUGAUCUCGCGCUUCGCCUUGACCGCCGCGAGGAAGCUGAGAAUAGCUACCGCCAUAUUUAUCGCGCAUUCAUUCGAGAUGGCAAGAUCACCUCGUCUGGUGUGCGUGCUGCCGUUGCGCUGGUGACAAUAUACGAGCAGGACCAACAGUGGGAUGCUGCUCUGGAGGUCUACCGCCAUCUGUGGCCGACAUUGGUGCGAUUCGACGAAAAGGAUGGCUAUGACCGCGCUCUGCUUGAUGGCUUGCUAUUCAAGACGUACAACGGUUACAUGGCCCUUCUGACCAAUUCCGCUGUCAAAGCCGGAUAUGCCGAACGUCAGCAGAUCGCGUCGGAAUACCAGCAGCUCUGCCGCAAGGUCUACGGACCAACUCAUCCGAAAACGCGUGAUGCAACGCUGUGGCUGGCGCAGCUUUGCUCGGAGAACGACCGCCAUACCCACGAGGCGAUCAGUCUAUACCAACAGGUGCUGAACACGCAUGACUGGGUGCCGCAGGCCGAGGCUGCGCGAGCGUUACCUGAUAUGAGGGACCCUCUUGCCAUCGAUAUCAAGCACCGCAUGGCGGCUUUGUAUCUCCGUCAGAAGCAGUCGACACCCGAGGCCCGCAAGCUGUAUCUUGAGGAGCUUGCUCUGGCUAAGCAGACUCAGGGCCUUUCCGCACCAACGACAUUGAACUGGCUAAGGGAAAUUGCUCGCAUGUAUGCGAGCUCGGAAUCGGCUACAUCGCGACAGCAAGGUGCUCAAAUCCUCCGCGACCACGUUGAGGAGGUGAUACAUGUCACUGCCAACCAGCAGCUGCUCGUCGACCGCGCGCAGCGACUGGCGGGGAUCUACCUCGAGUGCGGCUACAUUGACGAAGGCAAUGCCUUGAUCGAUGAGCUGCAUCAGCAGGUGAUCCAAGAGACACCUGUUGCACACCGCCAGGCGCUCGACGAACACCGACCCGCUGUCUUUGUCGCAGCGUUCGAGGAAGCCUUUGGCAAGCGCCAGUCAGCCCGCGAGAUUCUAAACGAAAUGUCUCGCGAAGCCCAGGUCUACAACAACUUUCAGCAGAGCCUGUCAACUCACGAUCUCAUGCCGACCUUGGCCGCUGGAGAAAAGCUUCAUCGCCUUCAGACUCAGCAGAAGCAUACCAUGGCUGCGAAGCAUACCGAGGACCAGCUGUACCAGUACUUCUGCAACACCCUGUCUGUUGGCCGGCCAAUUCGGGCAAAGGACGUCGUGCAUGUAUUUUACGGCAUGUGCCGACGCGAGAGUCUGAACGAGGACUACGAUUUGAAUAUCAUCACGCAGACGACUGAUCUGGUACGCGAUCUGUGCAACACCUCUCGUUUCGAAGAUGCAGCUAUCGUAACUGGGGUCUUCCAUUCGUUUGUCCAUCUAACCGACGGCCUACGCACACCCGAAACGGUCUUCGCCGCGCUCAAACUGUGCAUGUAUCUGAACGGGUACCAGACGGCCAAGUGCGGAGACGAGGGCAUCGCCAAGGGCAUGAAGCUGGAAUCGCAGAUGCUUCUGCAGGAGAUCAUGACGAACGCAAAGGAGAUGCCAUUGGAAUUCACGCAGCUCCCAUUCGACGAGCUCAACGACCUCGUCACCGUGCUAGGCGAGCACGAAAUGUUUGAUGACCUUGAUAACAUCCUAACCGAACUCUGGACCUCGCGCAUGAUCCAAAAGACCUGGUCGACCUCGGCCGUCGUCUGGAUCGGCCGCCGCCUCGUCGAAACGCGCUUCUGCCGCGGAAACAUCAACUCGGCCACGCAGCUGGGCAAGGACAUCUGCUACAAUCUCCGGCAAGUCUGGGGAAACUGCGACCCCGUCACGCUGGAAAUGACCAAGCUCCUCUCGGGCCUGUACACUGCAUCGGGCAACUACCUCGCCGCGGCCGCGCUGCACGAGACGGCGCUCGCCGAACUGCUGAACAGCGACGAGCACGAGAAAUCAGGUGCCGUUGAGGCCGUCACGCAGCAUCUUGAACUCCUGCAACACGCGCAGAUGCGCCUCGCAAAGGAAGGACAGAGCGCGGCGAUCGACGCUGCGACUGCGCAGGAGCGCGUGCAGCAGAUCGCGACCAAGUUUGGCCUCCCCGUUGAACGGUUGGAGGUUGCGUCGACGAGCGACGAAACGAUUGGGAUGUGGCAGCGGCCGAGACGGUUUAGUCUGGAUGUGGAGGAGCCCGAGGCGCAUCGGAAUCAUCUGCGCCAGUCGAGCGGGUCGGCGCUGCUUUCGGGGAAUGCGGGGGCGAAGAGGAUUUCUAUUACGGCGUUGUAAUAUUGUCAAUUGUAACCUAGUUUACCUCAGAUAGUAUAUGUUUGUAGUUAUCAGUAGUUACCGUUAGUGUUUGGUAGUAAUCGUUGUCUCGCUUUCCACUCCCUCAU